AGGCAACGACGUCCGGCGUAAGCUGUAGCGCACAGCGCCGCUCUUUUGCCGCUUGCAGUUUGCCUGACCAAGAUAUUGAACGAGGCAGGGGUUUCAUUUCGCGUUGUUUUUCUUAUUAUAAGCGCCUUAACAAUACUCCACGUUAAUGACUGAAGCUUAUUGUCGUUAUUGAGGUUUAAAGGUUGAAGGUUAAAGGAAGUGCUGUUUGUAUUCAGCCGGGGAAGUUUGAAGCGGUAAAGAAGAAGAAAGCGCGAAGAGAGCUGAUGGGGUUACUUCAAGUCCUGGAUCCGGAAGAUACACCUGAAAAGGGAGUAUGGUAUGCACUUGUGCCAAGUGGAGAAGGGCCAGGAAUUCGAGUUGGCCAUACAUGUGUAUGUAUAACAGAGACUGCUGAUGCAUCUAGUAAAGGAAGAAUCAUUAUCACGGGAGGUGCAAACCCAAGUGGAACAUUUUCUGAUUCCUAUAUUUUAGAUUUGGAUAAACAUGAGUGGGAUAACCCAGAAUGGGAGGGUUUGCUCCCAAGGUAUGAGCAUGCAAGCUUUGUUCCAGAGCAGAGCCCUAAAAACAUUUGGGUGUUUGGUGGAGCAGAGCAAAGUGGCAAUCGAAACUGCCUUCAGUCACUGGAUUUAGAGGCUGGAAGGUGGAAAAGUGUGAAAGUGUCUGGGGUGCCACCAUCUGCACGCACCUACCAUACGUGCUCGGCUUCCAUUGGUGACCGACUGUAUGUCUUCUCUGGUGGUGAUGUAGGAGCAGAGCCAGUUCAGGAUGUACAGCUUCAUGCUUUUGAUGCAGUCACAUCAACAUGGUCACAGGUGAACACUCAAGGAAAGCCCCCAAGCCCACGACAUGGUCAUGUUGUGGUUGCUGUUGGUGCGAAACUUUUCAUUCACGGGGGUCUAUCUGGAGAUCGAUUUUACAAUGACAUGUACAGCAUAAACACAGACCAUAUGAAAUGGGAGAAGGUGAAAGCAAAAGGAGACAUCCCCAUUGGCUGUGCUGCUCACAGUGCCGUCUCCCAGGGGAAGUUCAUCUACGUCUUCGGUGGCCUGAGUGCAGACGGAGCCCUAAACUCCAUGUACAAAUUCCACACAGAGAAACAACACUGGACAUUUUUGAGAUUCUCUGACAAUUUGCCUUCAAAGAGACUUGACCACUCCAUGUGCGUAAUCCCAUGGCGCCUGAGGACCCAACCUUGUGCACUUCAUUCAGAAGCCGAUUUUCCGACAGAAAAACAAAUGGCCAGGGCCGAGGCGGUUGAUGCCAGUGCACUUGUGGACCCCGCUACACACAAACAAGAGACGGUGCACCUUUGUCUUAUAGUUGGUGGAAUGGACACAGAAGGGAACGUCUUCAAUGAUUGUGCUGUGACAAUACUCGACUGACAGGACUGAACUGUACAUUAAAACCGUGAAGCUGAAUCCGAUGACUGCUGUAAAAUUUGUUGGGAUUGUGCCAUCACUCGCAUACUUACUAGGCCUGAAUCUCAAUUUACCAAAGGCCUGUCCAUUCUGAAGCACCUCCAGUAGCUUUUCCUAAUUCAAUUGGCAAGUCUUUGGAGAAGGCAUCUCUGGCACAGAGUUACACAAGUGAUCUAGUGACAGUCACAACCACUCGAUUUCCAGUAACACACAACUAAUAAGACAGCCAAUAAUAAAAACUGCUAAUCUGGUUUUUAAAAUAUUCACAGAGAGUGUGUAGGAGCAGAAACACAAGCCUUUACAGCCCAAUGCCAGUGGCUCUCUCAAGGGGUUUUGGACACACUACAUUCACAUUACAAGCCUCAUUACUCAGUUCAGAGGUUUGUGCUCAGAUGCAUUUGCCUAUCCUGACAGUUCAUAUUCAGAAGUACAAGUGACCCGUAUAGCUGUAAUGUAAAUGCAGCCAUCAACACAUUGGCAAGUCUUCUGUGUCACCAACAACAAAAAAAGGUAACAUUUUUGAGACGACUCAUAAAACUGACAUGAUGAACAUGCUAGUAGCUGGUGGGUGAACAUCAUAUUUUGUGCUGGAGAAUGGGAAAAGUUAACCAGAUUCAGAGGACUAGGUUGAGAAGGUGGGGAAAAAAAGCUGGAUGGGUAGCUCUUGCUGGCACUGCUGCACCAAGAGAUGUGUGGGUAUGAGAAGACUUAGUCACAGUUGUAGUUCCCCAUUGUUGUUUUGCCAGGCUGCUGGUGUUGACCGAUGACAGCGCUGAGCCCAGGCAUAUUGGCAAAAAAAAAAAAAGUUUGUUUUAUUUACGUUGCAGUGCCACACAUACCCAAAAAGUGACUCAAAGCAGAUUUGAAAAGAUUGAAUUUCAGUGCCCACACAGCCUUGGAAAUCUUGUGUCACAUUAAGGCAAUAAAAUUAGAUUUGGGUCAUUGCAGCCUGGUAAUGUAAAUGUAGUCUUAAUGGAUGCUGUCACCUCUCAUGUAUUUGAAAUGAAAUUAUAUAUAUAUAUAUGUUAGACACCAAGUGCACAGACUAAUUGGCACAAAAAUUCAACUAGUGAAUCUGUAGGCUAAACAGAACCAUCAGUUAGAAUGCACAUCCUUAAUUUUAACUGCCUGUAUCCCACUGACAGUUUCAAUCAGAAACAUCCAAAUUGUACAGGUCCUCAGUUGAGGUUGGAAGCAGAUUCACCCAUCACCAAAGGUGUUCUUUGGUCUGGCGGGCAUAUAUUGGCCUUUUGACUCACAUGCCUACCACAUUCCCAACCCCUGCCCAGAAAGGAAAAGUCUGCAUUACAAGAUUGAAAUUUAAAGCCUGGUUUAGUAAAGUUCAGGAUUAUAGCCAAUAAUCCCAUAAGAAAGCCUUGACAAUGGGGUCAUUGAACAAAUCUUGAAAAAAAAAAAAAAACAACAACAUUUGAAAGGGUGGGCAUCAGUGUUCCUGUGGAACUAUGGGAAGGGUGGGUUGUUGUAGUCUAGAAUCAAAAAAAAAAA